AUGCCCGACCCAACCUCCACCACAAACAAAGACACGCCCAACACAUCCUACACCAGCAUGUCUUCCGCCGACGUCGAAGCCAUCGGCGCGCACUGCCAGAUGCCCUUCUGCCACCAACUCGACUUCCUCCCCUUCCGCUGCGAAUCCUGCCGGGGCAAUUUCUGCCUCGACCACCGCAGCGAGACGGCACAUUCCUGCACCCAGGCCGGCGCAUGGGCACGACAGCGACGGGAACGGGAAGAAGCCGCUCGUGGCGGCGGCGGCGGUGGUGCGACAACGAGGACACCGGUGGUCCCGAAACCGCAUAUCCUCCACCAUGAGAGCCAAUGUGCGCAGCCUGCGUGUAAGACGCUCAUCCACACCGCGCUGGUGACCGGCGUGCAUUGCGAUACCUGCCGACGGGAUUACUGCUUGAAACACCGCUUCGGACAGGACCACGACUGCGCGAAACUGGAACCUCUGGGGAAGAAGGCCGCGGGCGGAGGAGGGGUCAUGACACAAAAAGAGCGCGGUCUGGCCGCGUUGGAGAAGCUCCGCCUCUGGGGCGCCAGCAAGAAAUCCUCCACCGCCUCUUCUUCAUCAUCGGCCCCUUCUUCGAAGCAGACCACAUCAUCCUCGUCGACCCUAUCAGCGUCCUCGUUCCUCCCGCAGUCCAAAACCAAACAAUCCGCCGCCGCCGCCCUAGCCGCCACCCAGGCGCUCAAACGCAGCGCCAAAGGCGACCCCAAGACCCCCCCGGACCAACGCAUCCACCUCUACAUCGAAGCCAGCGCCAGCUCCGACAGCAAGCAGCCUCGGAAAGACACAUUCUUCUACGCCCGCACCUGGCGGAUCGGCCGCAUCCUCGACGCCGCGGCCAAGAGCCUGCAGGUCGAGAAUCUGAACAAUCGCGUCGAAGGCGAGGAGGAGCGUUUGAGGGUGUUCUGGGUCGAGGGCGGCCGCCUGCUCGCUUUCGGCGAGACGCUGGAGGAGGCGAAGGUGAGGGAUGGGAAUACCCUGGUUUUGAUCCGCGGCGUGGGCGUGGGGAUGGUGGGCACGCCCGAGGGCCUGGUGGAGGGGUGA